GGAGGGAGGGAGGGCGGCCCAUGGGGCGGAGGGCGGAUGGGCCUGAACGGCGUCUCGCCGCCCUUCCGCAAGCUGGGCUGCUUCUCGCCCGUCCUGUGCCAGUGCAAGGUCACCUGCAGCAACCGCACCCUCUCGCUCGUCUUCGGAUGCAAGAAAUAUCGUUACCAAGAUGAAGACAGCCCCCCGCUGGAGCACAGCCCUGCCCACCUCCCCAACCAGGUAAAGGCCCCCGAGCUGGUCCACGUGGCGGAGAAGAACUUGUCCCAGAUCGAGAGCGUCCACGGCUACGUGUCUCACUCCCACAUCUCCCCCAUGAAGGCCAACUCCCCACCGGUCAUUGUCAACACAGAUACCUUAGAAGCGCCGGCGUAUGUAAAUGGGACGGAAGGAGAGAUGGAAUACGAGGAGAUAACGCUGGAACGGGGCAACUCCGGCUUGGGGUUCAGCAUUGCCGGCGGCACGGACAACCCUCACGUCGGGGAUGAUCCCAGCAUCUUCAUUACCAAAAUCAUCCCCGGCGGAGCGGCGGCGCAAGACGGACGGCUCAGGGUGAACGACAGCAUCCUCUUUGUGAACGACGUGGACGUGCGGGAGGUGACGCACAGCACGGCGGUGGAGGCCUUGAAGGAGGCCGGCUCCAUCGUCCGCCUCUACGUCAUGCGCCGGAAACCCUUGGCGGAGAAGGUCAUGGAGAUCAAGCUCAUCAAAGGCCCCAAAGGCCUGGGCUUCAGCAUCGCAGGCGGUGUGGGCAACCAGCACAUCCCAGGCGACAACAGCAUCUACGUCACCAAAAUCAUCGAAGGCGGUGCUGCCCACAAAGAUGGACGCCUCCAGAUCGGGGAUAAGAUUUUGGCGGGAACCUCGCCGGAUCGUCAUCCACCGCGGCUCAACGGGGCUGGGCUUCAACAUUGUGGGGGGCGAAGACGGCGAGGGGAUUUUCAUCUCCUUCAUUCUGGCCGGGGGUCCGGCCGAUCUCAGCGGAGAGCUAAGGAAAGGGGACCAGAUCCUCUCGGUCAAUGGCGUGGAUCUCAGGAACGCGACGCACGAACAGGCGGCCAUUGCGCUAAAAAACGCUGGGCAGACGGUCACGAUCAUCGCUCAGUACAAGCCGGACGAAUACAGCCGCUUCGAGGCCAAGAUCCAUGACCUUCGGGAGCAGCUGAUGAACAGCAGUUUGGGCUCAGGGACAGCUUCGCUGCGGAGCAACCCCAAGCGGGGGUUUUAUAUACGGGCACUCUUUGACUACGACAAGACAAAAGAUUGUGGCUUCCUGAGCCAAGCGCUGAGCUUCCAUUUUGGCGACGUCCUCCAUGUCAUCGAUGCUUCCGACGAGGAGUGGUGGCAGGCGCGGCGCGUCCAUCCGGACGGAGACAGCGACGAGAUCGGGUUCAUCCCCAGCAAGAGGCGGGUCGAGAGACGGGAAUGGACGCGACUAAAAGCAAAAGAUCGAGUGCCAGGAUCGGGCUCUCAAGGUCGGGAAGAUGCCGUCCUAAGCUACGAAACUGUUGUACAAAUGGAAGUGCACUACGCCCGGCCCAUCAUUAUUUUGGGGCCCACCAAGGAUCGCGUCAAUGACGACCUCCUCUCUGAGUUUCCCGACAAAUUCGGCUCCUGUGUCCCACAUACCACGCGACCAAAACGGGAAUAUGAAGUCGAUGGUCGGGACUACCAUUUUGUGGCCUCGCGGGAGAAGAUGGAGAAGGAUAUCCAAGGCCACAAGUUCAUUGAGGCCGGGCAGUAUAAUAGCCACCUGUACGGGACAAGCGUCCAGUCGGUGCGCGAAGUGGCCGAACAGGGCAAGCACUGCAUUUUGGACGUUUCGGCCAACGCCGUGCGGAGGCUGCAGGCGGCUCAGCUCCAUCCGAUUGCCGUUUUCAUCCGGCCGCGCUCUCUCGAGAAUGUCCUAGAAAUUAACAAGCGGAUAACAGAGGAGCAGGCACGGAAAGCCUUCGACAGAGCUACAAAACUUGAGCAGGAGUUUACAGAGUACUUUUCGGCCAUCGUAGAAGGAGAAAGCUUCGAAGAGAUCUACCACAAGAUCAAGCGGAUCAUCGAAGAGCUCUCCGGCCCCUACAUCUGGAUCCCCGCUCGCGAGAGACUUUAGGAGCUAUGACGAACUGCUUUCUUUCUUUCUUUUUUCGUUCUUUUUUUCCGGGAAGAAGGGAUCGUGAAAAAACCAACCACCGACUCUCUCUCUUUCUCUCUCUGCGACGACGACAGAGGCCUCUCCGGCGAAGGAGGCGGCCCUCUCCGCCUCUUGCCACUGAACUUAGCUCUUUUGGUUCAUAUUUGGGGGGAUCGGGUUGGGGAAUGUCUCGGGAUGGGCUUCUUUCAUCCCUUCCUUUAUUCUUUAAUAUUCUCAUAUAUAUAUAUUUUCCAGUCCUUUUCUUUCGCGUGAUCUGGCCACCCACCCCCCUACCCCUUCAACCUCAAUCCUGGUUCAAAAUGCUCCUUUUAUUAUUAUUAUUUCUUAAAAUAUCCGCAGCAACGGGGGUGCUUUUUUUCUCUUCCCCUCCUAUCCCCAACAGCGCUAGCGCAUGCAUGCUGUCUUUUUGGUGGCAUUUUGGGAGGAAAAAAAAAAAAGAUUUUGGGAGGGUUGCCUCCUUUUUUAUAAUUAUUUUUGAAGUGUGCAGGUCAUUGGAGGAAGGCAGAGUAGAAAGGCAGAAGAAGGCAGCAGGAACGAUUUGUAAGACGGGCGAAAAAUUAAGAAGACAAAAGGAAACAUUAGAAGGCAGAAGGAGAGAUUAGGAAGGUGGAAGGAAAAUUUAGGAAGAUGGAAGGAAACAUUUGGAAGAGUGAAGGAGAGAUUAGAAAGAUGGAAGGAAACAUUUAGGAAGGUGGAAGGAAACAUUAGGAAGACAGAAAGAAAACAAAAUUAGGAAAGUGGAAGGAAGCAUUUAGGACGACAGAAGGAAACAUUUAUGAAGGUGGGAGGAAACAUUUAGGAAGGCAGAAGGAAAACUUAGGAAGGUGGAAGGAAACAUUAGGAAGAGAGAUGACAACUUAGGAAGGUGGAAGGAAACAUUUAGGAAGAUGGAAGGAAACAGGAAGACAGAAGGAAGACAAACUUAGGAAGAUGGAAGGAAACAUUUAGGAAGAUGGAAGGAGACGUUUAGGAAGACAGAAGGAAACCAAAAUUAGGAAAGUGGAAGGAAGCAUUUAGAAAAACAGAAGGAAACAUUAGGAAGAUGGAAGGAAGAUGAACUUAGGAAGGUGGAAGGAAAUGUUUAGGAAAAUGGAAGGAAACAUUUAGGAAGACAAGGAAAGCUUAAGAAGACGGAAGGAAAGCUUAGGAAGGUGGAAGGAAACAUUUAGGAAGACAAUGAAAACGAAAAAGACGUAAGGAAAGCUUAGGAAAAAAGAAGGACUUAGGAAGACGGAAGGAAACAUUUAGGAAGACGGAAGGGAAAUUAGGAAGACAGAAGCAAAGAUCAGAAAGAUAGAGAGAAAAAUUUAAAAGACAAGGAAAUAUUAAGAAGACAGAAGGCAAUAUUAAGAAGACAAGGAAGGAUUAGAAAGACAGAAGGAAAAAUUAAGAAUACAGAAGGAAAGGUUAGGAAGACACAAGUAAUACUUAGGGAGAUAGAAGCAUUUCCAAAGCAACAUUCGGCAAAAAAAAGAAGCCGCUUUUGAUAAGUUUUACCUUUUUCUCUCUUUGUUUUUCCCCACGGAGGAGGCCAAUCUCAGAAAUGAGUUUGGUGACUCCUUUUUAUUGUGUUUUUUUUUUUUGCCAUAAGAGCAAAAGAGGGAAUUCGUCUAGACCUUUGGUUGGAAAGGAAAAGCAGUCCGACAUGAAACCAAUUCCCCGUGCAAAGUUUUAUUCCGUUUCCCAUUUAAAUCCACAUUCACAUUCCUUUUCCGCUGUAUUAUCUUUUUUGGCCGAGGAUAUAUUUUACGACCGAAACAAGCACAGAUCCGGGACUUAUCACGAAGCCAAGAUCAUUCUUGCUUGCGAGUACAGUCUGAUGACUUUGGGAUAUAUAAUAUAUACAUAUAUUAUAUAUUAUUGCUAUUCUUCUUAAUAUUAUUAUUAUUAUUAUUAUUUUUGGGUUGAGCUUUUUUCUCUCUUGAUUUUCCUCUUUCCAUUUUUAUUUUCCCCUUCUUCUCUGCAUUGGAAGUGACAUGCGGCUUCAAGGCUUAACCAAGAAGGUGAGAAAAGGCAAAACUAAACAACAACAACGACAACAAAAAAGGGAACAAUUUUGCUGAUCUAUAUUUUUCAUUCCGGGGGAAGGGGAGGAAAAAAAAUUAGGGAGAGAGAAGAUUUUAAAAAAUAGAGUUUUUCAAUGUCCUGUGACUUAUUUUUUUGGGGUCAUAUCAAGUAUUUUGGUGCGGCUGUGUGUGAUGUAUGAAAACUAAAAACAAAAACAUUACAAAAGGAGAA